AUGGACUAUCAGCAAUGGAUUAUCGACGGAAAUUACUUCCGUCGGAAAAAAAAACCGCUGUCUUCCUCUCCUCUCCUCUCCUCUUCUCGAUGCCAGACCCUUCUCUUUAUCGUUGUCGCCACCGCUGCUGCUAUUCCCGCUACUGUCGUCGCCGCUGUUGCUGUCGCUCGUUGCUGCUGCUGUUCCCGCUGUCACCGCUGUUGUCGCUGCCACUGCCGCUCCCUGCUGUUACCACUGCCGCUCGCCGCCACUGCUGGUGACCUUGUUCAAGCUAGCGAUUUGAGAGUGGGCAUGCAUUCUGCAAUAGCUUGUGCUACUCAUGCUACACUCAGCAGCAACUGCUGCUGCUGUGCAGAGCAACAACAACUUGUGCUGCUCUGCAACAUGCAUGCAGCAUCUUGUGCUGUUGCUGCUAUGCAGCAUGAGCACUAG